GGGUUAACGAUGGUUGCCAGGAGCCCGUUUGGCGCGACACUUGGGACCAGAGAGACUAGUGGACAGGAAAGCUGGGCUGGGAGCGGGUUCCGCUCCGCCCCACCAGCACCCUUGUAGGCUGCCUGGGGCCUGGGGCCCCUUGUCCAACCAACCCUAGCGCCCGGGCCUCCAACACGGCCUCAGGCUCUGGGGUCAGCGGUCUCCGAAUCCUAACCCUCUUUCAACCCCCGCACCCCUACUAGUACCUGGUUACCAUGGUGAAGCUAGCAGCCAAAUGCAUCCUAGCAGGAGACCCAGCUGUAGGCAAGACAGCCCUGGUGCAGAUGUUCCGCAGUGAUGGGACCCAUUUCCAGAAGAACUACACUCUGACAACAGGCGUGGACUUGGUGGUGAAGACGGUGCCAGUUCUUGACACAACUGACAGUGUGGAACUCUUCAUUUUUGACUCAGCCGGCAAGGAGUUGUUCUCUGAAAUGCUGGAUAAAUUGUGGGAGAGCCCCAACAUCUUGUGUCUCGUCUAUGAUGUGACCAACGAGCAGUCCUUCAUCAGCUGCACCAAGUGGCUGGAGAAGAUCCGGGCCCAGGCUCCAGGUACCACCCUCCCAGGCGUUUUAGUGGGAACUAAGACCGACCUGGCUGGCCGACGAACAGUGGAUUCUGCACAGGCCCAGGCAUGGGCGCUGGGCCAAGGCCUGGAAUUCUUUGAAACAUCUGUGAAGGAGAUGGACAACUACGAGGCCCCGUUCCACUGUCUGGCCAAGCUCUUCCACCAGCUGUACCGGGAGAAGGUGGACAUGUUCCAUACCCUGGUGUGAGGGUAACGUAGACUGCCCCAUGGGGCUGGCCGGGCUGGGCUGGGCUCAGCUGCUGCGAGCCUAGCGGACAUUCAUCUUCAUAGGAGACAGAAGAUGGAAUAGCCUGGAACUUCUCAACAUCACCGUAGCUUUUAAUAAACCAAGGAGAAAGAAUGGC